AUGCUCAUUUUUUAUCUUAUAGGAAUAGCUAUCCUAUUAUGGUUGCUUCAUGUCUACAUGACUGGAGGAGUAUGCAAAAUAAAAAAGGACCUCACAGGAAAGGUUGUCUUCAUAACUGGGGCUAAUACUGGCAUUGGAAAGGAAGCUGCACUUUAACUAGGGAAUAUGAAUGCCACCAUUAUAAUUGCUUGUAGAGACACAAUAAAAGGAUAAUAAGUCUUGGAUCAAUUAAAUAAAAUAACUAAAGCCUACUUGAUAUAAUUGGACUUAUCGUGUUUCAAUUCCAUAAAAUAAUGUGUUGAAGACUUCAAGAAACUGAAGAUCCCAUAAAUAGAUAUUCUCAUCAAUAACGCAGGUGUUAUGGCGCCUCAGACUUAUAAAACUACUAAAUAGUCAUAUGAACUUUAAUUUGGUACUAACCACUUAGGACAUUUUCUAUUGACUGAGUUAUUGAUCCCCUAUUUGAAAGCUGCAGAAUAGAGCAGAGUAGUGAAUGUCUCAUCUUUGGCUCAUAAACAGUCUAAUUUGGAUUUCCAAGAUAUCAAUUACGCUCAAUAUGCCAAUUCUAAACUCUGGUCAAUUAAAUAUAGUCUAUUAGCCUACGGAAAUAGUAAAUUGUGUAACAUACUUCAUGCUAUGGAAAUAUCUAAGAGACAUGGAAUAAAGGCUUGUUCCUUACAUCCAGGAGCUGUUAGAACUGAAUUGCUAAGGGAGAUUGUUAAAAAUCCUUUAUUAAAUGCCUUCUUGAUAUUAAUUACACCAUUUAAACUUCUGUUGUUUAAAAGUAGCUUAUAGGGAGCUUAGACUACUUUACAAUGUGCUUUAGAAGAUUAUGAUAAAUUAGUUGAUGGGGGAUACUAUUCCGAUUGCAAAUUGAAACAACCUAAUAUUGCUAAUAAGCAAUUAGCAGAGAAGUUAUGGGAAUUCUCCGAUGAGAAAUUGAAACCCUAUCUGUAAAAAUGA